GUGAAGGGAUAGCCAACGAAAAAAAGAAAAUCUUAAAAAGAAAAAGAUCCUGCGAGAGAGAAUCAAUGAAACUAUAAAAAUCCAAAUAAAGGCAAUCCUUAAUUUCUCCCAAAAUCCGCUUCUCUCUAAUUCGUUUUUAAUUUCACCCCACCAAAUAUUUAGAUUCUAUAUUAACUUUUAUUUUGUUUGUUUUUCAGUUUUAAUAUUUUUUUUUGUUUAGUUUCAGAAGUACUUGAAAACAUCUCUUCCUCGUAUCAUCGUCGUUUUCGAGCUCUCCGAUAACAGAAAAAACCUAUAAAAAAAAGAUCCAAAGCGUAAAAAAAAACCAAAACGAAACCUUUGGAAGCUCCUCUUUUUGUUUGUUUGGUUGUUGCAUGGUGUGUUUCUUCGUCGUGUCUUCUUCAUAGCUAAAGAAAGCUUCGAUUCGUUUUCCUCUUCAGCUACAAGGGAAGAAGAAGAAGAAGAUCAUAUGUGACAUUUGAUCUCUCAUUAACGAAAAGUGUGUGCGGGGUCUUUGUACUAACCAUAUUACUAGGCAGAUGGAUGAAAACAACACGGCAAAGUUAACCGGAAUCAGGCAGAUUGUGAGGCUUAAGGAGAUAUUGCAGAAAUGGCAAACCGUAACGAUAGGCCCCAAGUCAGAUGUUCCUCCAUUGGCAGCUGGAAAGCAAGCGGCCGAGAUGAUUGUACCGGCCAUCAACAAGAGGCUAUUAGAAGUAAAGAACGCUGACUCGGAUGAGGAAAACUGUCAAAGCCCUGAGCCGCCUCAUGAUGUUCCUAAAGGGUAUCUUGCGGUUUAUGUUGGACCUGAGCUAAGGAGGUUUAUCAUACCGACAAGCUGUCUCAGCCACUCCCUCUUCAAGGUGUUGCUUGAGAAAGCAGAGGAAGAGUUUGGUUUUGAUCAGAGCGGCGCCCUCACCAUCCCUUGCGAGGUCGAGACUUUCAAGUACUUACUUAAAUGCAUGGAGAACAAUCCUAAUGAUCAUCACCCUGAUGAUGAUGACAACUCCGAUGAGGAGGCAGUAGCAGCAAAGGAAGAGUAAAUACAAGUCAAGUGAUAAAAAAAAAAAAAAAAAACUCCUAUAACUUUUUUCUUUUGUUACCAUGAUUCUUGUUAUCUUUUAAUUAAUCAUAUACUGAUGGAAACUAUUAGGGAUGAUAACUUUGGGGUGUAAUUGUAAAAUCAGGUUAUUUUUUUUGUGUUUUCCUGGUUUUUUUCUUUCUUCUUCAUUCUUUGUCAAUGACGAUAUAAGUUUACUAGAGACAUAUAUGUUAGAUGUGAAAG